AUGGCAAGCUCUAGAACUAGGGCAGGGCACGGGCACGCCCACAUGCGGCAACAAACAAACCAAACGGGAACUGCUUUCAUGAUCUUGAAAGCUAUGCUACAUGAACAUCAACAAGAGCACUUAAAAGAGUCAAAUCAAAACAAAUCCCCUUCCCUCAGAGUACUCCUCAAAAGAGAUGAUGCAAAGGAGACUCUGAACUUUCCUAGCAUAUAUGAAUAA